GAUGGAGGGAGAGAAAGUGGAAGAGGGUUUAACCUUAAAGCAAUGAUAAUAAGACAAUGGGCGAAAAGGGGAAAAGGGUUUGCUUAAAAUACUCCACAGAUUUCUGUUCUUUUGGAAAUUGAAUUCAAUUUCUUUUUCUUCUUCUUUCCCUCUGUAUUGGGUCAUCGCUAUCAUUCGCCAUUUCUGCAGCUUUGCUUUCAAUCAAUGUCUUCUCUAAGCCAUUUGCUCAUCUGGGUGUCUGAGAAAAACUGAAGGGGUAGUGGAAAACAUUGAACCCACAUCGAAAAUUUCGUGUUUCUUUCUCUAAGCCACUUUUCUCUCCUUCCCCCAUGACCGUGGAGAGUCAUUCAGUUGAUUCAGCCGGCGAUGGUGGCGCCGCCGAUCAUUUUCCUGUUGGGAUGCGGGUUCUGGCUGUCGAUGAUGAUCCCAUUUGUCUUAAAGUGCUCGAGCAUCUCCUCCGGAAAUGCCAAUAUCAUGUCACCACGACGAAGAGGUCCAUUGAGGCUUUGAAGAUGUUGAGAGAAAAUAGAAACAAAGUGGACUUGGUUAUCAGUGAUGUGAACAUGCCUGAUAUGGAUGGGUUCAAGCUUCUUGAGUUGGUGGGGCUUGAGAUGGACCUACCUGUGAUCAUGUUAUCAGCACAUAGUGAUACUGAGCUUGUGAUGAAGGGGAUUGCGCACGGUGCGUGCGACUAUCUGUUGAAACCAGUUCGAAUCGAGGAGUUGAAGAACAUUUGGCAGCACGUGAUUCGGAGAAAGAAGCUCGAACCGAAGGCAAAAAACAAGUUCCCUAAUCAAGAUAACGUUGGAAAUGGAGGAAGUGAAGGUGAACGAGGUUUCUCAUCAACCAGUAAUGCAGACAAUGAAAAACUCAACAGGAAACGAAAGGAACAAGACGAUGAUGAGGAUGAAGAAGGAAAAGAGAACGAGGUUGAUAUCGACGACCCAUCGAACCUGAAGAGGCCUAGGGUAGUAUGGUCAGUUGAGUUGCACCGGAAGUUCGUUUCAGCAGUUAAUCAAUUGGGUCUUGAAAAAGCCGUGCCGAAAAAAAUUCUGGAUCUGAUGAAUGUUGAAGGACUUACCAGAGAAAAUGUGGCUAGUCAUUUGCAGAAAUAUAGGCUUUACCUGAAAAGAAUCAGCAAUGUGGCAUCUCAACAAGCUAACAUGGCUGCUACAUUUGGGAGUAAAGAAGGCACUUACAUGCGCAUAGGUUCAUAUGAUGGCUAUGGAGAUAUGCAUGGCUUUGCAGGAUCAGGGCGGCUUCCAAGCUCUUCUUUAUCUUAUUAUUCACCUGUUGGAAUGAGCCUGAUCCAACAAAGCUCCCAUAAUUUGAACUGUGCUAUCAGUAAUCUUGGGCAUCCAGCUAUUAUGUUGCCUCCUCACCAAACUACUAAUCUAUUGCAAGGGAUUCCGACGUCACUCGAGCUCGGCCAUUUGCAGCACAGCAAGUCCACCACUUCCAUUGGAGAAGCUUUUGACAUAGACUUCGGCUGUUCGAGUUUUUUGGAUCCUGAUCCUUCUAAUGGUAACUGGCAGGGAGCAGCACAAUUGUUGAGAUUCUCAGCAACUUUGAACCCCAUUGAGGAGUAUCCCAUUGAUCACAUGCAUGCAAUGAACUCGAGCAUUUCCUCCGCCCCCUCAAAGAACAGGAACAUCUCGGUUGUUGGAUCAGUUUCAGCUCCCUUGCUGGAUUCAAGAGACCUGCAGUGCCAGGCAGGGGUAGGGGUGGUUGACAGUAUGCCAAAGCAGAGUUGGGAAGAGCACGAACACGAUUACGCCCGAUCCCCCUUAAGCCAGAGUUUCAAUCAGAAUAGUCUAGUUUGUGAGAGAAAGGUCGGUUCGUCUUUGAUAGUCCCAUCAAAUGAUGCUCAACUAUCCUUCCCUCAGCACAGUGUGGUUGAAAAAUUGGGUCCUAACACAAAGACGAAUGCAGAUAGAAACUUACACGAUGGAUCGAUUCAAGGAAGUUUCGAGUCCUUGGAUGAUAUAAUGAACGCUAUGAUCAAACAGGUAUAGUCAAAUUUCUUGCUAAAUAUUUAGAUACUGAAUCUGACAUAAUUAUGUAGACAUUCCUUUCUUUUGAAUGGUAAUGCUAUUACCAUCUCUGUUAUGUUUGUGUCAACUUGAUACACAUACAGGUUGUCUUACUGCUACCAAGUUUGCCAAACUUGUGAUUUUUCUUUGUAAUGAUAUGAAAAACUGCCAUAAUAUUGUUCUUCGUUC